AUGAGUCUCAUCUUCACGUCCCUCGAGGCAGCUCCUCGCUGGGCACCCCGGCCGGCCGAGAUCCCCACGACCAGACGAAGUCCAGCUACCGCGACGUCGGCCUACCGCUCACGCGUCCCGCUCACCAAGCAGCUCUACCCACAGAACCGUCCUGCAGCUCUGCUCUUCUCUGAGCCCCACCAACAGCAGCGGGACAGGAGCUCUGCGGUGGGCAGCACCCUGAGGGCGCUGGGUGCCCGUCCCUGCCCCCUGCCCCCAGGCGGCGCCGCGGCGGGCGUGGGGCUGCAGCGACGCUACGGCCUCACGGCCCCAGCAGAGGCCAAGCGCAGCUGUCUCAGGCCCCUGACGCUUGGGGAUGAUCUGACUCCUUGGGGCAUUUUCAGUUACGCCUCCUUCUCUGUCUAG